AUGAAGGCUCUUCGCUAUGAGAAGCCAGAGUCGCACGGCAUUGUCGACGUCCCGCUGCCUGAGCUCCGUGACAACGAUGUCUUGAUCAAAGUCAAAGCCUGCGGUGUCUGCGGAACCGACCUGCACAUCCACGAGGGUGAAUUCAUUGCCAAGUUCCCUCUAGUCCCCGGUCACGAAACUGUCGGUGUUGUCGCCGCCGUCGGCCCCAAGGUCAAGGGCUUCAACAUCGGUGACCGCGUCGUCGCCGACAACUCCGAGCUCUGCGGCGAGUGCUUCUACUGCCGUCGCGGCGAUGAGCUGUUCUGCGAACACUUCGAAGCCCACGGUGUUACCAUGAACGGUGGCUUUGCUGAAUACUGCGCGUACCCUGCUGGCAGGGUAUUCAAGAUCAAGAACCUUUCUGAUGUGGAUGCCACGUUGUUGGAGCCGGCGAGCUGUGCGGCGCAUGGUUUGGAUAAGAUUGCGCCGAAGAUGGGGUCGUCGGUGCUGUUGUUUGGGGCCGGGCCGACUGGUUUGAUCCUGGCUCAAUUGCUCCGCCAAUGCGGUGGCUGCCGCGUGGUGGUCGUCGCGCCCGAGGGAUUGAAGAUGGAUCUGGCCAAGUCGCUGGAUGCAGGUGAUGAGUAUGUUGCGCUGUCGCGACAGGAUCCUAGCGCACAGUUCCAGAAGCUGAAGGACGAGAACCCCUACGGGUUUGACAUUGUUGUUGAGGCCACAGGUAGUGUCAAGAUCUUGGAGGACUCGAUCAACUAUGUCCGCAGAGGUGGUAAGCUGGUCGUGUAUGGAGUUUAUUCCAACAAGGACCGUGUGUCUUGGCCUCCUAGCAAGAUCUUUGGUGACGAGAUUACUAUCCUUGGCAGCUUCUCUGAGGUGUACAAGUUCCCUGCGGCGAUUGACUACCUCGACUCGGGCAAGGUCAAGGUCAAGGGCAUUGUCAACAAGACGUUCAAGAUUGAUCAGUGGGAGGAGUGUCUGGCGGCGAUGAAGAACAAGACGGCCAUUAAGGCGGCGAUUACUUUUGAUUAG